AUGGCCCAUGUUGGAGUUGUGGAUUUCUGCACACAGAAUAACGGGGGCUGUGCAAAGGUCGCCGAGUAUCCCAGGAGGGUACGAAGGUCUCCUGCAGCUGCCAGAAGGGCUUACAAGGAGGAUGGCCACAGCUGCACAGAGAUAGACCCUUGUGCCGAUGGCCUCAAUGGUGGGAGUCAUGAGCGUGCCACCUGCAAGAUGACGACCCCAUCUGCUGAGGAAUAUGCCCUUCCUGAAUGUGGCAAAGAGCAGAUCAAAGAAGUGAGAAUCAGAGGACAUGGAGAAAACAUAGGAUUUGAAUUCAGAAGAUUCUAUUAUUCUCUAGGACUUACUAGCCGUAAAACCUUGAGUGUCACUUUCCUUGAAACUCCAUUUCUCUUCAAUAAAUUGGGGACAAAAGUGACACCUGCCAAAUCGGAGCACAGAGGAAAGGCCACAUGGGGACACAGUGAGAAAGCAGCCAUUUGUAAGCCAGGAGGUGAGAUCUCACCAGAAACCAACCCUGAUGGCACCUUGAUCAUGGACUUCAAUUCUCCAGAAGGCCACAAGGCAGCGCCUCCACUGACGCUUGCGGUGACGAGAGCUAAUUCUGUCGCAACCCGUGGUCUGGCUGACUGACGCUUCCGGUCCAACUGGGAACAGGUUAAACCAUACGGCACGUCACAGCUCAUCUUCCUUCAUUGGUGAGAGUACACGUGGGUUCUGGUUCCGGUGGAGAGGCAUACGGCUUCCCAGGAAGCGGAUUCGCGCAUCUCGAGAAGGCAAAGGGGAUGCGAUCUCCCAGAAGACCCCCUCUCAUCAAAGACUGCUUCAGACUCUGAUCUCUCCGGAGCUCUACCCACUUGAGGGGUUAGGAGGCAGAACAUCACGCUCUGCUGGUGGCAUCUCCUACGUAUCGGCUCAAGUAAGCAGACAUGUUAAUCCAGACACAAAGGGGGUUAGUUGCCCAGGAUUGGGAAUGUGUUUAACGCCUUCAGGUCGCCCGCAAUCCCUGAGAAUUAACUCAUCAAAAUAUCCUGCACGGCCCCUGAAUGAUCCAACACCAGUCUCCAAACUAUUACUGUUUGUGCUCCACUGUAUUACAGUAAGAUUAUAAAUAGGUGUAGAUUAAGAUCCUAUUUUCUCCUGCAGGUCACUGCCUGGUACCUAACAGGCACACUGAAUAAAUAAAAGAAUGAAUGAACUCAAUAAAUAUCUGUUGAACCAACUAAUUAGUGAAAGGGCACAACCAGGGCUUACAUUUAUGAAGUAUGCGAACCACUAAAAACAUCUGUGUCUUACUCAUUUUUUGUCCCGAGGGCUAUACAGGAAUUUGCAUGUAGUAUGUGCUCAAUAAAUAGUUGUU